ACAAAUCACCACCAAUAUCACUUGCAGUGAUACUUGAACAUGAAGCAUAUUAUAUUAAUAGCUAUUUUCUUCACAUUUUGGACAUGUGCAUUUCAAACCAUGUCGAGAAUAGUGUUGGAAUCAUCAGUUGCUACUGAAACGAGAUACGAGCAAUGGAUGAAAGAAUUCGAGCGCAAUUAUGCAGAUGAUGCUGAGAAGGAGAAACGAUUCAAGAUUUUUGCAGAGAAUUUAGAAUACAUAGAGAAUUUUAACCGUGCUGGAAAACAGACUUAUAAGUUGGGUCUGAAUCAAUUCUCUGAUUUAACAAAUGAAGAGUUUGCUGCUUUAUAUAAUUGUGUUGAUCUUAAAAGAGAACUAGAGUCAUCUAUGGUAUCCACUGCUGGACCUAUAUUUAAUAUGAGUGAAAUUUCACCUACGAAUUCACCAAAAGGGAAAAGAAAACCAAUUCCAGAUAGCGUAGAUUGGAAAGAGAGUGGAGCUGUCACCAAUGUCAAGAGGCAAGGUCUGAUAUGUGGAUGUUGUUAUGCAUUUGCGACAACAGCAGCGGUAGAAGGAAUUAUGAAAAUCAAAACCGAUAAGGAAUUGACGUCACUAUCUAUGCAAGAAUUGGUAGACUGUGACAAAGCGAAUGGUGGAUGCGAAGGAGGUAGCGUACGAAAAGCUUUAGAGUAUAUGAAGACCAAUGGAAUAGCAAAAGAUGUGGAUUAUCCUUACACAGAAAAAGUGGGUACAUGCCUUAGCAACAAAAAAGACCGUGCUGCGAAAAUUGAUGGUUAUGUAAUAGUAUCACCCGGCGAACAAAACCUAUUAGAAGCAGUGGCACAACAGCCGGUUACAGUUGCAAUCGCGAUUAACGAUGACUUCAAGAAAUAUGAAAGUGGAAUAUUUGGUAGCGGACCAUGUGGACCGAAGGAGUCGCUCAAUUUUUCUCAUGCAGUCACCUUAAUUGGUUAUGGAGGGAGCCGCAGAAAUAAGUAUUGGUUGAUUAAGAAUUCCUAUGGUGAUGACUGGGGUGAGAAAGGAUACAUGAGAUUAAAAAGGCAAGGUUCUUCUAGUUCUCCUGUAUGUGGCCUUGCCAUGGUAUUUUCUAUUUAUCCCACUGUUAAAUAAAUUUUACAUGGGGACAAGCAUAUAUGUGCUAGUGAUCUUAGAUCGUUGAAGACAUGUAAUAACAAAAUUAAUAAUGGUA